AUGCCGGUUCCUCACUUUCCCAUACUUGUCCUGCUUUACUUCGUUGGCGGUGCGACUUGCCAAAAUUACUCGAUACCUUCUGAAUGGCAGAACACUACCUCCAACACUAGUCGCGCGGCCAUUCUUGGAGCCGGUUGGGAAGCAGCGAGUGAAAUACAACUCAAAAUCGAUCCGUCACUUGGAUUCCCGCCAGAUGUUUUGAGCUCCGGAGAAGAGACUUCCGUGCCAGAUCUUACCCCUAACGCCGAUGGCGAUUCCAACAGGACCGCCGCGAACAUGGUUAUUGCCCUUGCAGCGCAAGAUUGGCGCAGCGGGAAUGAGUCAUGGAAGGUGCAAGUGGAAAAUAACACCCUGAUGCUAUACGAGGCUGGCGAAGUAGACUUGAAUAACUGGUCGCAAAACAUAGAUACGGCCACUUUCGGACUGGCAGAAAUUGCUGCAUCCGUCGCGUAUGGAAACGAAACGCGCGUCCGGGUCGCCAUUCGUAACUUCGACUUCAUGCAUGAUGAUUUCGUUAACAGUACUGUCGCUCAGAGCGGCAUAUACCCUCACGGGUUAGAUCCUGAGUGUGGAACGUCUCUCGCAGGCUUGUUCUUCUUUGGCCAUGAUGUCAACAAUAUCGAAGUUCACAGCAGUGCGAUAGGAUCCUGGAUUGCGCUGUCCGCCCGUCUCUACGAGAUCACGCGCAACUCGACCUACCUCUCUGCCUCGGAACAGUCCAUCGGUUUCAUGCAAACGUACAUGGUGGAUCCAAGCAACGCCUCUGCAGUCGUUUCGGGCACAUUCGAUCCAGUGUCCUGUGCGGUUGUAAACCCGGGUGCUGCUACAGCAGAUGACGUAGGGUUCUAUAUUGAGGGGUUGAGCAUCGUGGCGAACCUCACGUCGAAUGCUACGUACACUCAAAUGUUGAAUGAACUCAUACCAGCCGUCGUAUCCUUUCGCACCUGGCACAGCACCGAUGGGAUCCUGACGAUAGAUGCCGCAUAUUGCUCGAAAGGGAUCUUGAUACGCGGUCUCUUAGAAGCGAGACUGAGAAACCCGCACAAUACCAACCUGGUAUCCCUGAUUGAUAGCUACAUCACGAUCCAGAUGAACGCUUUGCAGAGGAAUGCAUAUCUAGGUGGAGGCGACUAUGCGAUCUCGUGGCGCGCGGGUCUCUCUCAGUCGGAGGUAUACAACACAGUAGCAAACAUCGAAGCUUUAGACGUCAUGAAUGCUGCGUUCGCGAUAUCUUCUGCAAAUGCCUCUUCAGUCUCAUCUCCCUCUGGUCCCACUGCAGGUGCCACCGCCACGACACAGCCGAAAUCGACUUCUCCGCGACAUUCAGGGUUCCCAACCGGUCUCGUGGUUGGCGCCGUUGUAGGCGGCACCGCGGCAGUCGCCGCACUCUCUUGUGCGUUAUGGGUGUGGGUGCGCCGGAGGAGACGACUCAACAAGGCACUACGUAAGAACGUUACAAUCAAUUCGGACGUGUAUCGAGGUAGGAGGCGCGAAGUCGACCCCCGACCUGACCCCUUCACCUUGCAUUCGCCGCUGCACAUCCAAACGCGAACGGGGUCAGACCCCGAGAAGGUCUCUGGUACCCGCUCGCGCACACAGCCCGUUUCCACGUCCACAGAUUCGGCUAUCCCCGGGGAACCUACUGCAAACAUCUCCUCUGAUGCCGGGAGGGAAGUCGUGCACGGUGCACCAGGUGGAGACGAUGCGGCGCUAUAUGCUCUGGAAAGGAGACUUGAGAUGCGAUUGGGUAAUCUAUUGCACAGCCUGCUGAAUGAUGGAGAGACUAGGAGUGACCCACCGGAGUAUGAUGGAGACGGUGGUAUUCAGCCGUCCAUUCACGAUGGCGUUGAGCCUCGUUAG